AUGGCGGAAGAAGGUGUAUACGAUGUUAGGCUGGUUAAUAUAAUACUUGUAGGAUUUGCAUUCAUGUUUCUAUUUACAGCGUUUCAGACAGCUGGAAUGUCAGAAACUGCUGUUUUGAAGAGUGCUCGAGAGGAUUCCAAUGGAACAUUUACUGGAGAUGGUUCUAUCAGCCUUGGUGUGAUAUAUGCAGUUUUUGCAGCUGCAAACUGGAUUGCUCCUCCCAUAGUCAGUGUUGUAGGUCCAAAGUACACCAUGUUUUUGGGUGCUAUUCUUUACUUUUUGUUUAUCCUGUCCUUCUUGAAGCCGAUGACAUGGGCAUUGUAUACAGGGUCUGUUUUGGUGGGCCUUGGAGCAGCAAUUUUAUGGACAGCCCAGGGAAAUUUUCUCACGAUUAAUUCAGAUUCCAAUACAGUUUCCCGAAAUAGUGGAAUAUUUUGGGCACUACUUCAAUGCAGCUUGCUGAUAGGAAAUAUUUACAGUUACUAUGUGCUGAAAGGAAGAGAAAACAUUGACAGUAGCGAGAGGUUUCAACUGUUUGCUGGUUUAAGUGGGGCUGCUCUUGUUGGCGUACUUCUGUUUCUUACCCUACGUAAUAGGCGCAACACAGACGCAGAAAACCUCAUCAAUCUGAACUCCAGUGGUACACAAUCAGAAGGUCCAUUGUCUGCUGUUAAAAGGUCUUUUCAUCUUAUGAAAUCCCGUGAAAUGCGUUUGCUGAGCGUUGCCAUAGCCUAUACAGGUGUAGAACUGACAUUCUUCAGCGGAGUAUAUGGUUUUUGUAUCUCCAACAAUACACAUUUUGGUGAUGACUCCAAAGGGCUGAUUGGAAUAUCAGGGAUCUUUAUUGGUGUAGGAGAAAUUUUAGGUGGCGCCAUGUUUGGACUGUUUGGGAAGAGGACCAACAAGUAUGGACGAGACCCUAUAGUGGUGCUGGGAUAUGUCUUACAUAUGGUGUGCUUUUUCCUCAUCUUCAUCAACAUGCCAAGUGAUUCAACAUUCAAUCAUACCUCAUCUGAAUCUGCAGCAACAUAUCUUAGUCCAUCAAGUAAAGAUGUUGCCAUUCUGUGUUCCUUUUUACUUGGCUUUGGAGACAGUAGUUUUAAUACGCAGAUAUAUUCCAUCUUAGGGUUCAUGUUUCCAGAAGACAGUUCCCCGGCAUUUGCACUGUUCAAGUUUGUCCAGUCUGUAACAGCGGCCGUGUCAUUCUACUACAGUACUCACCUGUUGUUACACUGGCAGCUCCUUAUCCUGGUUAUCCUCGGGACACUAGGCACAUGGUGUUUCUGUCUGAUUGAAUGGAGUGCCACUAAGGCCUUCAGGGCUGGCUACCAGUCCAUCGGAUGACAAUCAAAGGUUGACAGCCAGGAUAUCACCUGUGCUGUUGACAAGGACCUUGCAGUUGAAGAUAAUGUGAUAUUACCGACAGAUUCUGCUAGAGAUGAGGAUAAUGUGAUGACUUGACCACAAAGAUAGAUAUAUUGACAUAAGAAGUUGAUGUUUUACUGUGAUAUAUAAGUAUUAAAAAACAAGCGGUGGUAUUGUAUGUAAUUAUCUUUAUGUGGGUUUUUAUGAUUUAAAAUUAAAACCAGAAUUCCAGGUCCAAGGAUGUACCUGCAUUGGUUCAGCACUACUAAUUUAUAUGUCAGUGGUUACCAAAUCAAAUCAUGUAGUCAUUUAGAUAGUAUUGUAUUCUCACUGCCAUUGUACUACCAGGAUUAAUGGUUUCUCAAGGACAUUGCACCGAUUGGAGGAAGUUUGGUCACAUGACCAGGAUAUUUUGUUUAAGGCCUAGCAGCGUUAGAUACAUUUUUUAUUAAAAUUUGUUUGUGUGGUAUGUUAUUUCAUUCAUACAGGACUACCAGAUGUUGACAGUUUACUGUAGCUUGAUAUGUUAGUUUUAUGAUUGACAGGGAGAUAUAUUUUAUUGUGCUUCUUUCCCAGUUUUGUUUUUUUGGGUUCAGCUACACAAUUUUUUAUUUUAGAUACAGUACUUGUAUAUGGUUAUUACAAAUGUCUGUAUUUCUCAUGUUUGUAUAAGUUCUUCAUUCAGUACAGGUGCUUUGAAUUAUGUAGCCAUUGGUGUCAGAAAGCAAUAAAAGCUAAUAUCUGUCACACUCACCUUCAUUAUCACACAGGAAAGGUAAUAUCCAUCCACACGGGUUACAUAGGUAGACGGGGCACUCUC